ACCCGCGGAUUUUUUGCGGUCCGACUUGCGGGCGGGUUAGUUGAAAACGUUGGUCGGGUGCCUGUUGUUUUGUACAUUGACCCGCGCAUCAUUGUCUCGCAUGUCUCACGCUUAGUUUUGCUUGAUAUAUCAGUGCCGAAUUUCCCUUUUAUUACGUUUCUUUUUUCCAGCACCAACUGGAACAGCAGCAGUAACUGAUCCUGCAUCCAGUUGGGCUUUCUUUUCCGUUUUGGCGAGUUCAUAAUCCACCGUCAUUUAUUUAUUACAUUAGGAUUCUUCAAUAUGGGCAACAUUUACUUGCUUUAAGUAGUCUAUUUAGGCUAAUAGGAUGUAAAUUAAUCAAGCAAGUGUUAAUGCAAUGUCGUUUUAUUAUUAGGCAAUUGGCGGUUUUCAUUUGGGUAUUAGGCUACCUUGAUUUAAUUUAAUUUCAUUCACGACUUUUCUUUAAUAUAUGCAUUUUGAUGGCAUUACUAUUAUUAUUUUGUGUAGGACACAGACAUAUUUCGAUAUUGUAAUUCCAUGAUUUGGUGCGUCUGUGUUAUGUUACGCAUGACAGCUGUCAUCUAACAACCAAUCAACGUGGUCAUUGCGAGGCAGCUCGUGCAUGAGAACUGACGUCAUCCGUAGCAACGAAGACUCACUCUUAGUUUAGGAGUUAUCAUUUUUCCUUACUAAAAGUAGGUCUGAAAGGCGUUGUGAAUAACUUUUAAGAGAAAACUCCAAGCUAAAAUCUUUUAGUGCGAUUUAGGAGUACUCUUAGUGAUAAGAUAAAAUGCUUUGUGAAUACGGCCCCAGGUGUUUGCAUUCAGAGCAGCGAAGAAGAGAUGAGUUUCGCUUUGCAGAAGAAAAGAAAAGAGAGUUUCGCUUUGCAGCCUUAUAACGGACAUUACUAGGUUUAUUAAGAAAAUGGUAUCGGAUCGGCACAUGGGUUCAAGUACUCGCCGAAUCCGAUGCCAGAAUUUUGUUGUGGAUCGGACGCAUUUCCCAUACUGGUAUCGGAAUCGGAAGAACUCUUGUAAAUUCUAAGUAUCAGUUGUGGAGAUCAGAUUGAUCAGAUUCACAUCUGCAGCUUCAUCAUGGAGCAAACACAAACAUCAACACAGGAAGAUUUUUCUCCAGGAUGCAGGUUGAGUGAUUGUAAUAUCACAGAUGAAGGUUGUGUUGCUCUGACUUCAGCUCUGAGAUCAAACCCAUCACAUCUGACACAUCUGGAUCUGUCUGAUAAUAAUCUAAGAGAUUCAGGAGUGAAGCUGAUCUCUGAUGUACUGAAGAAUCCUGACUGUAAACUGGAGAUACUGAAGUUGAGUGAUUGUAAUAUCACAGAUGAAGGUUGUGUUGCUCUGACUUCAGCUCUGAGAUCAAACCCAUCACACAUUAGAGAUCUAGAUCUGUCUGUGAAUUAUAAACUAAGAGAUUCAGGAGUGAAGCUGAUCUCUGAUAUACUGAAGAAUCCUGACUGUAAACUGGAGAUACUGCACUUGAAUAAGUGUGAUAUCACAGAUGAAGGUUUUGUUGCUCUGACUUCAGCUCUGAGAUCAAACCCAUCACACCUGACACAUCUGGAUCUGUCUCGUAAUAAACUAAGUGAUUCAGGAGUGAAGCUGAUCUCUGAUGUACUGAAGAAUCCUGACUGUAAACUGGAGUUACUGAAGUUGUGUAGUUGUGAUAUCACAGAUGAAGGUUGUGUUGCUCUGACUUCAGCUCUGAGAUCAAACCCAUCACACCUGAGAGAUCUGGAUCUGACUGAGAAUAAUCUAAGAGAUUCAGGAGUGAAGCUGAUCUCUGAUGUAAUGAAGAAUCCUGACUGUAAACUGCAGAUACUAAAGUUGUGGUGUUUUAAUAUCGCAGCUGAAGGUGAUACUGCUCUGAUUUCAAACUACUUACAUGUGACAAAACUGAAUUAUAUUAAUGUAGGAGAUACAGAAGUGAAGCUGAUCUCUGAUGUACUGAAGAAUCCUGACUGCAAACUACAGAUACUGGAUUUGGAGCAGUGUAAUAUCACAAAUAAAGGUUGUGUUGCUCUGACUUCAGCUCUGAGAUCAAACCCAUCACACCUGACACAUCUGAAUCUGUCUGUGAAUAAACUAAGAGAUUCAGGAGUGAAGCUGAUCUCUGAUGUACUGAAGAAUCCUGACUGUAAACUGAAGAUACUGAAGUUGAGGAGUUGUGAUAUCACGGAUGAAGGUUGUGUUGAUCUGACUUCAGCUCUGAGAUCAAACCCAUCACACCUGACACAUCUGAAUCUGUGUAAUAAUAAACUAAGAGGUUCAGGAGUGAAGCUUAUCUCUGAUGUACUGAAGAAUCCUGACUGUAAACUAGAGAUACUGGACUUGUAUGGUUGUGAUAUCACAGAUGAAGGUUGUGUUGCUCUGACUUCAGCUCUGAGAUCAAACCCAUCAUACCUGAUAGAUCUGGAUCUGUGUCUGAAUAAACUAAGAGAUUCAGGAGUGAAGCUGAUCUCUGAUCUACUGAAGAAUCCUGACUGUAAACUGGAGUUACUGAAGUUGGAGCAGUGUAAUAUCACAGAUAAAGGUUGUGUUGCUCUGUGUUCAGCUCUGAGAUCAAACCCAUCACACCUGACACAUCUGGAUCUGUCUAAAAAUAAUCUAAGAGAUUCAGGACUGAAGCUGAUCUCUGAUGUACUGAAGAAUCCUGACUGUAAACUGGAGAUACUAAAGUUGGAGCGGUGUAAUAUCACAGAAAAAAGUUGUGUUGCUCUGACUUCAGCUCUGAGAUCAAACCCAUCAUCACACCUGAGAGAACUGGAUCUGUUUGAGAAUAAACUCACAGAUUCAGGAGUGAAGCUGAUCUCUGACCUAAAAGAUGAUCCACAUUAUAAACUACAGACAGUACGUUGGUGAUAAAAAUGUAAAGAUGUCUGAUCUUCAGUAUGAAUAUGAUGGUGAAUAAGAAGACACAAUAGUGACAUCACAUAUACUUCCUCUUAACCGUAUGAGUUGAUUAUUCAGUACUGCAUCUGUAUAUGUAUAAAUGUAUAAAGCCUUAUGUAUUGAGCCUCCUAAGUGUUAAGACUAGGUCUCAGCUCCUAAAUUAUUUAAGAGAGCUGGAGAGGUCUCCUAACCUAGUUAAGAAUAACAAGAGGGCAGCAGAGAGGUGGAGAUCAUGCCCUUUACAACAAAAAAUGUGUUGGAAUUAUUUUCAUUUAAAUGUAUUUCUAUAACACUUUUGACUAAUUUGUUGUUGUAUUGUUGCGAAGUUGAAAUUUUUUUAAAUAUAAGUUGUAAACAAUUGAAGUAAGUUUUUAAGUUGAGCCGCUUUUACGUUUUACAGUUUAUGACAGGUAAAUAAAAUAACAUAAAAUGUAAAUAAAAUCUACAAUAAAAAUGUGAAGUAUCUACAAGAUUGCAGUGGCACUAUUAAUAUCACUUUACAUGUAAUAGAGUAUACAACCCCUGACCCAAAACAUAAUGUUAUCAAUGUUAGCAGUGCGCAAGCCAAAAGUGAAAGUGACAAAGGUGGCAAAAAUGGUGUUUAAUUGAAGAAAUCCAACUUAACUUGAUCAUCUUGUUCAGGCUUGAUCAUCAAAGUAUUUUUUAACUAUGUGUUUGAAAACUUUAGUCUUUUCUUUAUAAACAGCUUGUGAGUGAAAUCAAAAUGAUGUGAUUCAUCAUCUUAAUUUUUAAAUAGCAUUACGUUUGUUUGUUUAUUUCAUUAACAUGUUGAAACUUAAUCAAAAUGUUGCAAAAUUGUGUAAAAUAAAUGCAUGUACUUAUUUGUAAUAUUAUUAAACAUUUCGUGAAGCAAAUUUAAAUUAAAAUUUUCAAAUACUAAUAUAAUUGUAAUGUCUUCAUGAUUCAUGAAUGUAUGGUGUCAACUACUGUAUAAAGUAAUGAUUAAAUGAAAAGAAGGGGUGGGAAAUUAAAUGCUGAAGAACAAAGACAAAACAUUAAGCGUUUGAAGUCAUAAAGAUAGGACAUAGUAGGACAAAUAGAUUAUGAUCAGAUUAAAAAAAUAGAAACAAAAAAGUUUUUACAACUUUUCACAAUGUUAUAUUUUCAUUGUAAUAAGGUAUUGUUGCAGCACAACAUUAAAAACAAAAAUAAAAUAACACCUAAAUAAUCCACAAUCCAAUCUAAAUAAAACAAAAAGGACGUUUUUAAAACACUGUAAAAUACCUAAUUGGCACGUUUUCUUAUUACCUCUGUUCAUGUGGUGUUUUACGUUGGUUUAAAUGUAUGUUGGCCCACCACCCCUACAGAAAUUAACCAUGGUUUUAUUGUGGUAAAAGUUUAACCACCAAACACAGAACAUUCCCCUAACAUUCCCUUUUGGUUCCAAAUAAGAACGUUCUAGGAUCGUUCCCUCUAGGUUAUUUUUAAUAACAUAAAGGGGACCUUCCCAGAAUGCUCCCUUUGGGUUAAGACCUAUGUGGGCAAAAUAAUUUUAUCCUUGAAAUACAUCUUUAUUGAAAUAAUUACUUUUGGUUGAAUGUCACUUUUAUACAAAGAGCAAAUAAUAUCACAGAUAAGAUGAUCAAUGUAACUCUUAAAUAAAAUAAGAAAAAUGAUAAUGCUAAUGUUAAUUAUAAUGUUCACCAUAUGAAUUUUAAAAUAUUAAUUUUAUUUGAACUUGCCCAGCUGAAAAUGAGAGAAAAUAAGAAAUGUCAGAAAGUCCAUCAGUUUGUUAAUUAAAUGUUUCAAACAUUCUGAAAGGAGUCUGAUUAGUGGAGUCAGAUAUUUCAUAUAAGGAGACAUCAUUAUGACCUGCUCACUGCUACGACACAUUACACUUGACAAAGUAAUCCUGCUUUAAUUGCAAAUUUCUUCACAUAAUAUAAUAUUAUAUUUCAUAUUACAUUUGCUGAAAAUAGGCGGAUUGAAAACAUUUAAAGGAACACGCCCACAUUUUGGGAAUUUACCUUGUUCACCGUAUUCCCCAGAGUUAGACAAGUCCAUACCUUUCUCACGCUAAAGUGUGACAAUAUUGGUUCCAAAAAAGGCAAGGAAAUAAGUUACUUCUGGCCGUUUUCAAUCGGAAGGCUGCAGCCUCCGUAGGUCGCCUAUGCAGGCUGCAUACGUCAUCGAUCCUGGUUUAACUUAACUGAGCAUUACAUUCGCAAGUCAUAAACAUAUUACAACAAAUUACGAUUAACUAAGAAUAAUAAUCAACUUUAUAAUUGUAAAUAUUCUGAAAUAAGUUGAUAGAAAUGCGACCUCCGGAAGGCUGCAGCCUUCAGAUUGAGAAACGGACUCUGUAUCAUUGUUUAGUUCUUUAUAGGUUUCAUGUUUUUAAAGUUUUAAGGUUGACCAGUUUGAUUAUAAUAAAUAGCACCUGUGCUUUUUUUGUACAAUUACUUUUAUUUAUUAGUGUCAACAUUCUAUUGUUUAUGUUUAACAGCUAACAAGUUACUCAUUUUCUAAAAUAAGGAAAAGAGACUGUGAAGACACUUUAUUAUAACUGAAAGUCCAGUGUAACACAUUUUUGUUACUUGAGUGCAAUA